AUGCUUUUACAAUUUUUGUUGCUAAGCCUCUGUGUAUCAGUUGCUACUGCAAAAGUUAUUACGGGUGUUUUCAAUAGUUUUGAUUCGUUGACAUGGACAAGAGCUGGUAAUUAUGCUUAUAAGGGCCCAAAUAGACCAACUUGGAAUGCUGUUUUGGGCUGGUCUUUAGAUGGUACUAGUGCAAACCCAGGAGACACAUUCACAUUGAAUAUGCCAUGUGUUUUUAAAUUUAUUACCGAUCAAACAUCUGUUGAUUUGACUGCUGACGGUGUUAAAUAUGCUACAUGUCAGUUUUAUUCAGGUGAAGAAUUUACAACAUUUUCUUCAUUAAAAUGUACUGUGAGCAAUACUUUAACAUCAUCUAUUAAGGCUUUGGGUACGGUUACUUUACCAAUUUCAUUUAAUGUUGGUGGAACAGGUUCAUUGGUUGAUUUGGAAAGUUCUAAAUGUUUUAAGGCUGGCACCAACACAGUUACUUUUAAUGAUGGUGAUAAAAAAAUCUCAAUUGACGUUGAUUUUGAGAAAACAAACGAAGAUGCAAGUGGAUAUUUCAUAGCGUCAAGACUUAUUCCAAGUAUUAACAAAGCUUCAAUCACUUAUGUGGCACCACAAUGUGCAAAUGGCUACACAUCUGGUGCAAUGGGGUUCACAAUUGGCAGUGGUGACACUACUAUUGACUGUUCAAAUGUUCAUGUUGGUAUUACAAAGGGAUUAAAUGAUUGGAAUUUUCCGGUAUCGUCUGAUUCAUUAAGUUACAAUAAAACUUGUUCAUCUACAGGUAUUUCUAUCACAUAUGAAAAUGUCCCCGCUGGUUAUCGUCCAUUUUUUGACGUAUAUACUCUGGUGUCAGACCAGAACAGACAAUUAAAAUAUACUAAUGAUUAUGCCUGUGUUGGUAGUUCCUUACAAAGUAAGCCGUUCAAUUUAAGAUUGAGAGGAUACAAUAAUAGUGAAGCUAAUUCUAACGGUUUUGUCAUUGUUGCUACAACCCGAACAGUUACUGACAGUACUACUGCUGUCACUACUUUACCUUUUAAUCCAAGUGUUGACAAAACCAAAACAAUCGAAAUUUUGCAACCUAUUCCAACAACYACCAUCACAACUUCAUAUGUUGGUGUGACUACUUCCUACCUGACUAARACUGCACCAAUUGGUGAAACAGCUACUGUUAUUGUUGAUGUGCCAUAUCAUACUACCACAACUGUUACCAGUGAAUGGACAGGAACAAUCACUACCACUACAACUCGUACCAAUCCAACUGAUUCUAUAGAUACUGUCGUUGUGCAAGUUCCACUGCCAAAUCCAACUGUYASUACAACCGAGUAUUGGUCUCAGUCAUAUGCUACUACUACUACUGUUACUGCUCCUCCAGGUGGUACUGACUCAGURAUUAUCAGAGAACCUCCAAACCCAACAGUUACCACCACGGAGUACUGGUCUCAAUCCUAUGCUACAAGCAGUACAGUUACUGCACCACCAGGAGGUACCGAUACGGUUAUCAUUAGAGAACCACCAAAUCCAACAGUUACAACAACCGAGUAUUGGUCUCAGUCAUAUGCUACUACUACUACUGUUACUGCUCCUCCAGGUGGUACUGACUCAGUGAUUAUCAGAGAACCUCCAAAUCCGACAGUUACCACUACUGAAUAUUGGUCUCAAUCCUUCGCUACCACUACUACCAUUACCGCUCCUCCAGGUGAAACCGAUACUGUUCUUAUCAGAGAGCCACCAAACCACACUGUGACAACAACCGAGUACUGGUCCCAGUCAUAUGUCACUACCUCAACUAUCACAGCUCCACCGGGAGGCACUGACACUGUGAUUAUUAGAGAGCCACCAAAUUACACGGUUACCACAACUGAAUACUGGUCUCAGUCGUACGCAACUACAACUACUGUAACUGCUCCUCCAGGAGGUACCGAUACUGUGAUUAUUAGGGAGCCACCAAAUCCAACUGUAACCACUACUGAAUACUGGUCUCAAUCGUACGCUACCACCACCACUGUUACUGGUCCACCGGGAGGCACUGAUACCGUUAUCAUUAGAGAACCUCCAAACCCAACUGUCACCACCACCGAGUAUUGGUCACAAUCUUAUGCUACAACUACUACAGUCACCGCUCCUCCAGGUGGUACUGACACGGUUAUUAUCAGAGAACCACCAAAUCCAACUGUCACUACAACCGAGUAUUGGUCCCAAUCUUAUGCUACCACCACCACUGUUACUGGUCCACCGGGAGGCACUGACACUGUGAUUAUUAGAGAACCUCCAAACCCAACAGUUACAACAACUGAGUACUGGUCACAAUCUUACGCAACCACAACUACCGUGACUGCUCCUCCAGGAGGUACCGCUACUGUUAUCAUUAGGGAGCCACCAAAUCCAACUGUAACCACUACCGAAUAUUGGUCUCAGUCAUAUGCAACCACAACUACUGUGACUGGUCCACCGGGAGGCACUGAUACCGUUAUCAUUAGAGAACCACCAAAUCCAACUGUAACCACUACCGAAUAUUGGUCUCAGUCAUAUGCUACUACUACAACUGUGACUGCACCACCAGGAGGUACCGCUACUGUGAUUAUUAGAGAACCACCAAAUUACACGGUUACCACUACUGAAUAUUGGUCUCAAUCAUAUGCUACUACAACUACUGUGACUGGUCCACCGGGAGGCACUGAUACCGUUAUCAUUAGGGAGCCACCAAGUCCAACAGUUACAACAACCGAGUACUGGUCACAAUCUUACGCAACCACAACUACCGUGACUGCUCCUCCAGGAGGUACCGCUACUGUUAUCAUUAGGGAGCCACCAAAUCCAACUGUAACCACUACCGAAUAUUGGUCUCAGUCAUAUGCAACCACAACUACUGUGACUGGUCCACCGGGAGGCACUGAUACCGUUAUCAUUAGAGAACCACCAAAUCCAACUGUAACCACUACCGAAUAUUGGUCUCAGUCAUAUGCUACUACUACAACUGUGACUGCACCACCAGGAGGUACCGCUACUGUGAUUAUUAGAGAACCACCAAAUUACACGGUUACCACUACUGAAUAUUGGUCUCAAUCAUAUGCUACUACAACUACUGUGACUGGUCCACCGGGAGGCACUGAUACCGUUAUCAUUAGGGAGCCACCAAGUCCAACAGUUACAACAACCGAGUACUGGUCACAAUCUUACGCAACCACAACUACCGUGACUGCUCCUCCAGGAGGUACCGCUACUGUUAUCAUUAGGGAGCCACCAAAUCCAACUGUAACCACUACUGAAUAUUGGUCUCAAUCAUAUGCUACUACMACUACUGUUACUGGUCCACCGGGAGGCACUGACACUGUGAUUAUUAGAGAACCUCCAAGUCCAACAGUUACCACCACCGAGUAUUGGUCUCAGUCAUAUGCUACUACAACUACUGUAACUGCYCCACCAGGAGGUACCGCUACUGUUAUCAUUAGGGAGCCACCAAACUAUACUGUGACAACUACUGAAUACUGGUCUCAGUCMUAUGCUACAACCACUACAGUCACUGGUCCACCAGGAGGUACCGAUACUGUUAUUAUUAGGGAGCCACCAAAUCCAACUGUAACCACUACUGAAUACUGGUCUCAAUCCUUUGCUACUACUACUACAGUUACUGCUCCUCCAGGUGGUACUGACUCAGURAUUAUCAGAGAACCUCCAAACCCAACUGUCACCACCACUGAAUAUUGGUCCCAAUCUUACGCAACCACAACUACUGUGACUGCUCCUCCAGGUGGUACUGACUCAGUGAUUAUCAGAGAACCUCCAAACCCAACUGUMACCACCACUGAAUAUUGGUCACAGUCCUUUGCUACUACUACUACAGUUACUGCUCCUCCAGGUGGUACUGACUCAGUGAUUAUCAGAGAACCUCCAAACCCAACUGUCACCACCACUGAAUAUUGGUCCCAAUCUUACGCAACCACAACUACUGUGACUGCUCCGCCGGGUGGUACUGACUCAGUAAUUAUCAGAGAGCCACCAAACCCAACUGUAACCACCACUGAAUAUUGGUCCCAGUCAUAUGCUACUACUACAACCGUGACUGCUCCUCCAGGUGGUACUGCUACUGUUAUCAUAAGAGAGCCACCUAAUUACACUGUGACCACUACUGAAUACUGGUCUCAAUCUUACGCAACCACAACUACCGUGACUGCUCCUCCAGGAGGUACCGCUACUGUGAUUAUUAGAGAGCCACCUAAUUAUACUGUMACCACUACUGAAUACUGGUCUCAGUCCUAUGCUACGACCACCACUAUUACUGCACCACCGGGUGACACUGACACGGUUAUCAUCAGAGAACCUCCAAAUUACACGGUUACCACAACUGAAUACUGGUCUCAAUCCUUUGCUACUACUACUACAGUUACUGCUCCWCCAGGUGGYACUGACUCAGUAAUUAUCAGAGAACCUCCAAACCCAACUGUCACCACCACUGAAUAUUGGUCCCAGUCAUAUGCUACUACUACAACCGUGACUGCUCCUCCAGGUGGUACUGCUACUGUUAUCAUAAGAGAGCCACCUAAUUACACUGURACCACUACUGAAUACUGGUCUCAAUCUUACGCAACCACAACUACCGUGACUGCUCCUCCAGGAGGUACCGCUACUGUGAUUAUUAGAGAGCCACCUAAUUAUACUGUAACCACUACUGAAUACUGGUCUCAGUCCUAUGCUACGACCACCACUAUUACUGCACCACCGGGUGACACUGACACGGUUAUCAUCAGAGAACCUCCAAAUUACACGGUUACCACAACUGAAUACUGGUCUCAGUCAUAUGCUACAACCACUACUGUUACUGCUCCUCCAGGUGGUACUGACACUGUGAUUAUUAGAGAGCCACCUAAUUAUACUGUMACCACUACUGAAUACUGGUCACAAUCUUAUGCUACAACCACCACUGUUACUGCWCCACCAGGAGGUACCGCUACUGUUAUCAUUAGGGAGCCACCAAACUAUACUGUCACCACUACUGAAUAUUGGUCUCAAUCAUAUGCUACUACAACUACUGUGACUGGUCCACCGGGAAGCACUGAUACCGUUAUCAUUAGAGAACCACCAAAUCCAACAGUUACCACCACCGAGUAUUGGUCUCAGUCAUAUGCUACUACAACUACUGUAACUGCCCCACCAGGAGGUACCGCUACUGUGAUUAUUAGAGAACCACCAAAUUACACGGUUACCACUACUGAAUACUGGUCUCAAUCUUAUGCAACCACCACUACUGUUACUGCYCCUCCAGGUGGUACUGACACUGUGAUUAUUAGAGARCCACCAAAUUACACGGUUACCACWACUGAAUACUGGUCCCAAUCUUAUGCUACAACUACUACAGUUACUGCUCCUCCAGGUGGUACUGAUACCGUUAUCAUUAGGGAGCCACCAAGUCCAACAGUUACAACAACCGAGUACUGGUCCCAGUCAUAUGCUACUACUACAACUGUGACUGCUCCUCCAGGAGGUACUGCUACUGUUAUCAUAAGAGAGCCACCUAAUUACACGGUUACUACAACUGAAUACUGGUCAGAGUCUUAUGCCACUACUACAACUGUUACUGGUCCACCGGGGGGAACUGAUGUAAUUCUUAUUAGGGAGCCACCAAACCCAACAGUUACGACAACCGAAUAUUGGUCAGAGUCGUACGCAACUACCACUACCAUUACCGCUCCUCCAGGUGCCACAGACUCAGUUCGAAUCAGAGAACCACCAAAUUACACAGUGACUACUACUGAAUACUGGUCUCAGUCCUAUGCUACAACUACUACAGUCACCGCUCCUCCAGGAGGCACUGACUCAGUAAUUAUCAGAGAACCACCAAACCCAACUGUCACUACAACCGAGUAUUGGUCACAGUCGUACGCAACCACAACUACCGUGACUGCUCCUCCAGGAGGUACCGCUACUGUUAUCAUCAGAGAGCCACCAAACUAUACUGUGACAACUACUGAGUACUGGUCACAAUCCUAUGCUACUACCACUACAGUUACUGCUCCUCCAGGUGGCACUGAUACCGUUAUCAUUAGGGAGCCACCAAGUCCAACAGUUACAACAACCGAGUACUGGUCCCAGUCAUAUGCUACUACUACAACUGUGACUGCUCCUCCAGGAGGUACUGCUACUGUUAUCAUUAGGGAGCCACCAAGUCCAACAGUUACAACAACCGAGUACUGGUCCCAGUCAUAUGCUACUACUACAACUGUGACUGCUCCUCCAGGAGGUACUGCUACUGUUAUCAUAAGAGAGCCACCUAAUUACACGGUUACUACAACUGAAUACUGGUCUCAAUCUUAUGCAACCACCACUACUGUUACUGGUCCACCGGGAGGCACUGACACUGUGAUUAUUAGAGAACCUCCAAACCCAACAGUUACAACAACUGAGUACUGGUCACAAUCUUAUGCAACUACUUUGACCAUCACUGCCCCACCAGGUGGCACCAAUAGUGUCAUUAUCCGAGUCCAUUCCAGUACUAAUGAUGAAUCAAGUGAGUCCACAUUUUCAACAUUGUCUGUUCCCUCGUUUUCAGGUUCAAUAAGUGUUGUUUCCACAGUUUCUCGUCCACAUUAUGUGAACUCUACAGUUACCCACUUACCUAGUUCCCUGUCAAAACCAGUAGAUAUUCCUUCUAGUGAUGUUGUAACAUCUACUAAUGACAAUAGUUUGACUUCUUUGACUGGUUCUGAAAAUGGUAAAACAAGCGUGGCAAUAUCUACAACAUUCUGUGAUGAUGAAAAUGGUUGUCAAACUUCUAUUCCACAAGGUUCUGUUGUUAGAACUACAGCAACAACAACAGCAACAACCACAACAAUUAUUGGUGAUAAUAAUGGAUCAGGUAAGUCAAAGUCUGGUGAGUUAUCUUCUACUGGUUCUGUGACAACUAAUACAGCAACACCAGAUGUUCCAUCAACUAAAGUACCUUCGAAUCCAGGGGCACCAGGUACUGGUGUUCCACCACCUUUAGCACCAUCGACAGAAACACAAACUACCAAUAAUGUACCAGGCUCACCAAAUAUCCCUGCCACUGGAMMACUGAUAUUAUUAGAGAAUCAACUACUGUUUCACACACAGUGA